AUGGAGCCGACGCCGGUCGAGCUCGAGACCGGGUGGCGGGACAUGGACGCCGGCGUGGCCAGGCUCAAGCGCAUCCUCCACGGCGUCGACGGCGUCAGCUUCAGCUCCCAGGAGUACAUCCAUCUCUACACGACGAUAUUCAACAUGUGCACGCAGAAGCCGCCGCACGACUACUCGAAGCAGCUCUACGAGCGCUACAAGAAGACCCUCGAAGAUUACAUCAAAUCUACCGUCUUACCCUCAAUGAAGGAGAAGCACGGCCAGUUUCUGCUCAGGGAAUUGGUGCAGAGGUGGAAGAACCACAAGGUGAUGGUCAGGUGGUUGAGCAGGUUCUUCCACUACCUCGACCGCUACUAUGUUUCGCGCAAGUUACUUCUGCCGCUCAGAGAACUCGGCACGACUUGCUUUCAUGAUCUGGUUUUCAGUGAGCUAAAAACAACACUGGCAACUAUUAUUAUUGACAUGGUUGAUCAUGAGAGGGAUGGCCAACUUAUUGACCGUGCCCUUGUCAAGGAUGUCCUUGAUAUCUAUGUUGAGAUUGGACGCGGUAGUAUGGCUGUUUACGAGCAGGAUUUUGAAGAAGCUUUUUGCAAGGGGACUGCAGAUUACUAUUCUAAGAAGGCACAAACCUGGAUGUUGGAAGACUCUUGUGCUGAAUACAUGUUCAAGGCUGAGGAAUGCUUACAAAAAGAGAAAGAGCGAGUGGCGCAUUACUUGCAUUCUACAACUGAACCAAAGUUGCUACUGGAAACUUUGUCAGAGCUCAUAAGUAAGCGCGCCGAACAAAUUCUGAACAAGGAGAACUCUGGAUGCAGGGUGCUGCUUUUAGACGGAAAGACUGAGGAUCUGUCAAGGAUGUAUAGACUCUUUUCUAAGAUGGACGGCGGUCUGUCUCAAGUAGCACAAAUAUUUAAGGAGCAUAUCAAUGAAGAGGGCAUGUCCUUGAUAAAACAUGUAACUGAUGCUGCCAACAGCAGAAAGACUGAGAGGAAGGAAGUAGCAGGUUCGCAGGAGCAGGAUUUUGUCCGGAAAGCCAUCGAGCUCCACCAGAAACAUCUAACAUAUAUCACCAACUGUUUCCAAAACCAGACAGCAUUUCACAAGGCUCUUAAGGAGGCGUUUGAACUUUUCUGCAACAAAGAUGUUGCUGGUUGCAGUAGUGCUGAAUCGCUUGCAGCAUUCUGUGAUAACAUCUUACGGAAAGGUGGAAGUGAAAAGCUAAGUGAUGAAGCUGUAGAAGAGACCCUUGAUAAGGUUGUGAACAUUCUCACAUACAUCAGCGAUAAGGAUCUCUUUGUUGAGUUUCACAGGAAAAAGCUUGGAAAGAGAUUACUCUUUGAUAGGAGUGCCAAUAACGAACAAGAGCUAAGCCUUCUUUCGAAGCUAAAGCAGUACUUUGGGGGACAGUUUACUUCAAAAAUGGAGGGAAUGCUCACUGAUAUUGCAACUGCAAGAGAGCGUCAGACAAAGUUUGAAGCAUACAUGGACCCUUGGCCAGAAUCAUGUCCUAGGGUGGACUUGAGUGUUACCGUUCUGACAACAGGAUUUUGGCCAAGUUACAAAACCUUUAAUAUAAACCUUCCUACAGAAAUGAUCAAAUGUGUGGAGCUUUACAAGAACUUCUAUAACGAGAACCAGAAACACAGAAAGCUUAAUUGGAUCUAUUCCAUGGGAAGUUGCAACAUCGUUGCAAGGUUUGAGGCAAGACCUGUCGAGCUGAUUGUCACUACAUAUCAGGCUGCACUUCUGCUUCUGUUCAACGAAGCUGAUCGACUAAGUUACUCUGACAUUGUGACGCAACUAAACCUUCCUGAUGACGACGCUGUGCGCCUGCUCCAUUCACUCUCGUGUGCCAAGUACAAGAUUCUUGACAAAGAGCCAAGUAACCGAACAAUUUCUCCAAGUGACAUGUUUCAGUUCAACGACAAAUUCACUGACAAGAUGCGGAGGAUAAAGGUACCCCUUCCUCCAACUGACGACAAGAAAAAGGUUAUCGAGGAUGUGAACAAGGACAGGAGGUUCUCAAUCGAUGCAAGCAUUGUGCGCAUUAUGAAGAGCCGCAAGGUCAUGACCCAUCAGCAGCUCGUAACAGAAUGCGUCGAGCAGCUCAGCCGCAUGUUCAAGCCUGAUAUCAAGAUCAUAAAGAGGAGGAUUGAGGAUCUUAUCAGCAGGGAAUACUUGGAACGUGACCUGGAGACGGCCAACACCUACAGAUACCUGGCUUGAUUGCGGCUGGAGGGCGGGAUGCUUUUCAAGGAU